AUGGCGACGCGCAGCUUCAACACAAACACAACAUCCCGCCAGUCAAUAGCCACAUCAGGAGGCGCUGUCAAGGCUCGGCAGCUGGCCCAACUCCACUCACAGCUGGCGCAACUCUCUGCUAAUCUGGCCGACACUGAAAACCUCUUGCGUAUGACAAGCGUGCAAGCCGAGUCCAUGCGCGGGCUGGGCAGCUGGCAUGCGGGAUUGUUCAUGGCCGCCAGCAAGGUUCUCGGAGAAGAAUCGGUACAACAGCAACAGGGCAGCCAGUCGUGA